GCAGUACGGCAAAGAGCAGUUAUCAGAGUUUUAUAUUGAAGUAUUUCACGUUGGUGCUAAAACGACUAGAGCUGACAAAUAUAACCAAGUUUAGAACUUACUGAAAUCGAGUUUGUUUUGGUUUUAAGAAUACUGUCAUUAGUUUGCAGAAAUACAAACAGAUAUGUACCCAAAUAUUCUUGGGUAUAUGCAUAUGAUCAAUCUGUAGUAAUCCUUACUUUUUUUUUUUUAGUUUUUAGUGCUGAAGUGAUAGUAUCUUGUAUUUUACACUAGUUCGGAUUUUGCUUCAACAAAUGCUCAACAUGACCGAGGAGCAGGACAGAGCCAUCCCCGAUCCACCUUGCAGCCCCACGGGAACCAUUAGUUCCCUGUCCCAAGAAGAUUCGGAUUCCGACGCCCCGUCUUCGCCAACGGGGUCUGACGGACACGGACCCCAGAGCCUCCCUGGGAUCGGAAAAAAACUAGACAGCGAUGAAGACGACCGCUUCCCAGCCUGCAUCCGAGACGCGGUAUCCCAAGUCCUCAAAGGCUACGACUGGUCCCUUGUGCCAAUGCCAGUACGUGGAAACGGAUCCCUGAAAAACAAACCUCAUGUCAAGAGACCGAUGAAUGCCUUCAUGGUGUGGGCGCAAGCUGCCCGGAGGAAGCUGGCAGACCAGUACCCGCAUCUGCACAACGCGGAGCUCAGCAAGACUCUCGGGAAACUGUGGCGUUUAUUAAGCGAGAGUGAGAAGCGUCCCUUUGUGGAAGAAGCGGAGAGACUGAGGGUCCAGCACAAGAAAGAUCACCCCGAUUAUAAAUAUCAACCUCGAAGGAGAAAGAGUGUGAAGGCUGGGCAGAGCGACUCUGAUUCGGGAGCAGAACUGAGCCACCACCCAGGCGGGCAGCUGUACAAGGCAGAGCCUGGGAUGGAGGGCUUGGGAGACGGGCUUCAUCACUCUGAACAUGCAGGUCAAACCCACGGCCCACCAACUCCACCCACCACUCCUAAAACAGACCUUCACCAUGGAAAUAAACAGGAUCUGAAGCAUGAGGGCCGGCGCCUUGUCGAAAACGGCCGCCAGAACAUUGACUUUAGCAACGUGGACAUCUCAGAGCUCAGCAGUGAUGUUAUCAGCAACAUGGAGGCCUUUGACGUUCAUGAGUUUGACCAGUACUUGCCACUGAAUGGUCACGCAGCCCUGCCUUCAGACCACAGCCAUGGGCAGAGCUCCUCCACAGGGGCGUACAGUGCCUCCUACACCCACUCCAGUGGAAAUGGGGGGCCAGCUCAGGUUUGGAGCCACAAAAGCACCACAUCAUCAUCUUCCUCAAGCAACGAGGCCGGCCAGCAGAGACCACACAUCAAAACUGAACAGCUAAGCCCAAGCCACUACAGUGAGCAGUCCCACAGCUCUCCCACCCAUUCUGAGUACAGCUCUUACAGUGCCCAAGCCUGUGCGACGACAGCUACAACAGCCUCGUCCUUCUCCAGCUCUCAGUGUGACUACACAGACCUGCAAAGCUCCAAUUACUACAACCCCUAUUCCGGGUACCCCUCUAGUCUUUACCAGUACCCAUAUUUCCAUUCCUCCCGUCGGCCAUAUGCAACACCUAUCCUCAACAGCUUGUCCAUUCCACCAGCUCACAGCCCCACAACCAACUGGGACCAGCCAGUUUACACAACUCUCAGCCGACCCUAGAGAGAUGCUUCUUUACUUCAGUCUUAGACUUCUAAGUCUUCCACAGCUAUAUGCACUAAUGAAGGAACUGUGCCAAUUUUUUAAGUGCCUCCUAAUUACAGAAGGACACCUGCAAAUAGUGAAAUAAAACCCCAUGAUCCUUAGACUGUGCUUUUAAUGAAGAUAAAUUAACAGUUUUUUCUCUGAAGAAAAGGCUACGAAAUGUUGUUUGUGAAGGACAAACAUAUUAAUCCUCUGUGAGGACUUAGCGAAAAAAUUAAACAAAAAAAAUAUUUAUGAGUUCAGCUCUUUGAGUGAUAUUUUUAUAUAGGGUUAUAGUGCUCUGGAAGGAGGCACACUUUUGUUACUGGGACCAAUAUGCUACCCGAUUUAACCAUAAUUCCAGUAAAAAGCAGGAGACCUACAAUGGGGACCGACCUAUUUAAUUUGUCAUGACAGUUCUUUGAAACAAGGGUUGACUGUAAAUGCUAUUUUCUGAAGUUGAGGGGUUUUAUUUUUGGAGUUUGUUAAAAUAUGUAUUUAAGUUAGAUCUGUAUUGUUUCGCUGUUAAUUAAUGAAGUACUAGAGUUAGAAGUAGAGUUCUGAAAUCAAAUCUAAUGUCAUUUAAUAGUGGAGAAUUUUCUAUAAACUUGUCAUCCCGUUUUUAUUUGUUUUAACCACUUUCCAGUGAUUUGACUUCAUAACAGCUGAUAAAAGCUACAGCCUACAGAUUCCUUCAAGAUAAUUCAAAUAAAGAAACUUCCAGAUGUUGAGAAGAAUUUGGACACAUUAAGAAGUAUUUAUUUGGAAACAUAAGUGAAUAUGGAAAGGUAGUGCACAACACUUCCUUGAGACUGACAGGCCAACUGGUCUCUGAGGUGUUAAAUCAAAUAAUUGUAGAAAGGAACCAGGGCUGUUUUUUUUUUUUUUUUUUUU